CGGGAAGAGCGAGCGUGGGGGUUUCCUGGUUCCUCGAGUACAACCUGCGUUCUUCUAUUCUGGUCACCUGUGGGUUAGUAGCAGCAGCGGCGAGUUAGUCGGCCCAGUGCCGCUUCUGGAGCUGAUGGCUUUUCUGCUGAGAAAGCCAAGGGAGAAAGUGCAUUUUCCACUUCUUUUCACCUGAGACUACUGUAUGCAUAAGCAUUGCGCUGGGGGUAGCGAAUGGAACUAUAUUUUUGGAGGCCAGUUUUGCAGUCAACCUGCACUGAGUGGGCUGUGGAGAAGGAAGAAAUGUCUUCUGUAAAAAGAAGUCCAAACCAAGAAAUUACAUCCCAAUUUCACUGUUCAGCUGCAGAAGGAGAUAUUGCCAGGUUAACAGUAAUGCUCAGUCAUUCUCCAUCUCUUCUCAAUGAAACUUCUGAAAAUGGCUGGACUGCUUUAAUGUAUGCUGCAAGGAAUGGGCACCCAGAUGUUGUCCAGUUUCUGCUUGAGAAAGGGUGCGACAGAUCCAUUAUCAAUAAAUCAAGGCAGACUGCACUGGAUAUUGCUAAAUUUUGGGGUUAUAAGCAUAUAGCUAAUUUACUAGCUGAUGCUAAAGGUGGGAAGAAGCCUUGGUUCCUAACCAGUGAAAUGGAAGAAUGUGAAAAUUAUUUUAGCAAGACACUACUGGACCGGAAAAGUGAAAAAAGAAAUAAUUCUGACUGGCUGUUAGCAAAAGAAAGCCAUCCAGCCACAGUUUAUAUCCUUUUCUCAGAUUUAAAUCCCUUGGUUACUCUAGGUGGCAAUGAAGAAAGUUUCCAACAGCCGGAAGUCAGGCUUUGUCAGCUGAACUACACAGAUAUAAAGGAUUAUUUGGCUCAGCCUGAGAAGAUCACCUUGAUUUUCCUUGGAGUAGAACUUGAAAUGAAAAAAGAGUUAUUUAAUUAUGCUGGGGAAGUCUCACAAGAAAAAGGUGCAGAAAAAGAUGCGUUGGUUGCCUGGUUUGCUUUAGGUAUAGAUCCUGUUGCUGCUGAGGAAUUUAAGCAAAGACAUGAAAAUUGCUAUUUUCUUCAUCCUCCAAUGCCAGCUCUUCUGCAAUUGAAAGAAAAAGAAGCUGGGGUUGUAGCUCAAGCAAGAUCUGUCCUCGCCUGGCACAGUCGAUAUAAGUUCUGCCCAACCUGUGGAAGUGCAACUAAAAUUGAAGAAGGUGGCUAUAAAAGAGUAUGCUUAAAAGAAGACUGUCCUAGCCUCCAUGGUGUUCACAAUACAUCAUAUCCAAGAGUUGAUCCAGUAGUAAUCAUGCAAGUUAUUCAUCCAGAUGGGACCAAAUGUCUUUUAGGCAGGCAGAAAAGAUUUCCUCCAGGCAUGUUUACCUGCCUUGCUGGAUUUAUUGAACCUGGGGAGACAAUAGAAGAUGCUGUUCGGAGAGAAGUAGAAGAAGAAAGUGGAGUCAAAGUUGGCCGUGUUCAGUAUGUCUCUUGUCAACCAUGGCCUAUGCCCUCCUCCUUAAUGAUUGGUUGCUUAGCUGUGGCAGUGUCUACAGAAAUUAAAGUUGACAAGAAUGAAAUAGAGGAUGCCCGCUGGUUCACUAGAGAACAGGUUGUGGAUGUUCUGACCAAAGGGAAGCAGCAGGCAUUCUUUGUGCCACCAAGCCGAGCUAUUGCACAUCAACUAAUCAAACACUGGAUUGGAAUGAACCCCAAUCUCUAAAUCAAAUAACUAAACUUUGACUAUGUCUAA